AUGAGCAGCCUACGGUUUCUCGACCUCGUGAAGCCGUUCGUGCCGUUCCUCCCCGAGGUCCAGCAGCCGGAAACGAAGGUCCCUUUCAACCAAAAGCUGAUGUGGACGGGUCUGACGCUUCUGAUUUUUCUGAUCAUGAGCCAGAUGCCGCUGUACGGCAUCGUCUCGUCCGACACGUCGGAUCCAUUGUACUGGCUGCGAAUGAUGAUGGCCAGUAACCGGGGUACGCUCAUGGAGCUCGGUAUCACACCCAUCAUCUCGUCCGGCAUGGUCUUCCAGCUUCUUGCUGGCACGCACAUGAUUGAUGUCAACCUGGACCUCAAGUCCGACCGGGAGCUAUACCAGAGCGCACAGAAGCUGUUUGCGGUUAUCCUGUCCAUCGGCACAGCUACCGUUUACGUGUUCACAGGUCUUUACGGCCCGCCGUCGGAUCUUGGUGCUGGCAUCGUGUGCCUGCUGAUCCUGCAACUCGUCACGGCUGGCAUGAUUGUCAUUCUGUUGGACGAGCUUCUGCAGAAGGGCUAUGGCCUUGGAAGCGGUAUUUCGCUGUUCAUCGCCACCAACAUCUGCGAGUCGAUUAUGUGGAAGGCUUUCUCGCCCACGAGCUUCAACACCGGCCGUGGCCCCGAGUACGAGGGCGCCGUCAUCGCGCUCUUCCACCUGCUUCUGACGUGGCCCAACAAGCAGCGGGCGCUGCAGGAGGCUUUCUAUCGCCAGAACCUGCCCAACGUUAUGAACCUGCUCGCCACGCUCGUCAUCUUUGCCGCCGUCAUCUAUCUGCAGGGGUUCCGCGUGGAGAUCCCUGUGAAGUCGUCGCGCCAGCGUGGUGCCCGCGGCUCGUACCCCAUCCGUCUCUUCUACACGUCCAACAUGCCCAUCAUGCUGCAGUCGGCACUCUCAUCCAACAUCUUCCUUAUUUCGCAGAUGCUGUACUCGCGCUUCUCGGAGAACCUGUUGGUGCAGCUGUUUGGCAUCUGGGAGGCGAAGGACGGCUCGGCUCAGCUUUCGGCGACGUCUGGCCUCGUGUACUACAUGUCGCCUCCCUUGAACUUCAAGGAUGCUCUCCUGGACCCGAUCCACACUGUCGUCUACAUUGCCUACAUGCUCACGGCAUGCGCCGUGUUCUCCAAGACAUGGAUUGAGGUUUCUGGAUCUAGCCCCCGCGACGUGGCCAAGCAGCUCAAGGACCAGGGUCUGGUCAUGGCCGGUCACCGCGACCAGAGCAUGUACAAAGAGCUGAAGCGGAUCAUUCCCACGGCUGCUGCCUUUGGUGGCGCUUGCAUCGGUGCCCUGUCUGUGGCCAGCGAUCUUCUUGGCGCCCUUGGCUCCGGCACGGGCACCCUUCUUGCUGUUACGAUUAUCUACGGCUACUUUGAAAUUGCGGCUAAGGAGGGUGAUCUCAGUGGUAUGAAGGGGAUGGUUAUGGGUUAA